AUCUUGGGUGGAGAUAGAGCCAGGGAAGCAAAAGAAAGCAAGAAAGUAUGCGACCAUGAAGCGAAUGCUUAGUCUCCGAGAUCAGAGGCUUAAAGAGAAGGAUAGAUUGAAACCUAAAAAGAAAGAAAAGAAAGAUCCCAGUGCACUCAAGGAAAGAGAAGUCCCCCAACAUCCUUCCUGCUUAUUCUUCCAAUAUAACACACAGCUGGGCCCACCUUACCACAUCCUGGUUGAUACCAACUUUAUCAACUUUUCCAUUAAAGCCAAACUUGACUUAGUACAAUCAAUGAUGGACUGUCUGUAUGCCAAGUGUAUCCCUUGUAUAACUGACUGUGUAAUGGCUGAAAUUGAGAAGUUGGGGCAAAAGUAUCGAGUGGCUCUAAGGAUUGCCAAGGAUCCAAGAUUUGAACGAUUACCAUGCACACACAAAGGAACCUAUGCAGAUGACUGCUUAGUACAGAGAGUAACUCAGCACAAGUGUUACAUCGUGGCCACAGUUGACCGGGACCUUAAACGAAGGAUCCGGAAGAUCCCUGGAGUUCCCAUCAUGUACAUUUCUAACCAUAGAAAAAGAAGCAACUUGUAGAGGGGCACCUGUGUGGCUCAGUCAGUGAAACGUCCAACUUGGGCUCAGGUCAUGAUCUCACAGUUUGUGAGUUCCAACCCCGCAUUGGGCUCUCUGCUGUCAGCACAGAACCUGCUUCAGAUCCUCUGUCCCCAUCUUUCUCUGGCCCUCCCCGGCUCAUGCUCUCUCUCAAAAAUAAAUUAACAUUUUUUUUUAAAAAGCAACUUAUGACGGGGCGCCUGAGUGGCGCAGUCGGUUAAGCGUCCGACUUCAGCCAGGUCACGAUCUCGUGGUCCGGGAGUUCGAGCCCCGCGUCAGGCUCUGGGCUGAUGGCUCAGAGCCUGGAGCCUGUUUCCGAUUCUGUGUCUCCCUCUCUCUCUGCCCCUCCCCCGUUCAUGCUCUGUCACUCUCUGUCCCAAAAAUAAAUAAACGUUGAAAAAAAAAAUUUAAAAA